UUGGCCUAAAUGUCACUGUCAUUCUUCGAGUUAAAAUUUCGUGAAUAUUUUGUGAAUAUUUAUAAUUAAUUAUGUGGUACGAAAUAAUACCUAGUUUCUUAAUCAUUACUGCCGGCCUGGGUGUGCCCGGUUGGGCUCUUUACCACAUACACAAUUUAACUUUAGGCAAUCAUUAUAGACGCACUAUGAUCAGUCGAUGGGACCGCAUGAGCUACCAGCGAGACUUGAGGAUCACAGGAAAUCCUUACGAAGUAAAUGGAUUAGAUGCUCUACCAGAUAAAUAAAAGGUUAUUACAAUAUGUACAAUAUAAUACAUUACGAAAUAUAGAUUAUUUAAUUCAAACAAAA